UGGGAAAACGCAUAACAAAUUUUCAGUGCCAGUGAACAUUUCAGUGUUGACAACAAUGCCCUGAAGAUUUUGUUUGAACUUGAAGAGAUUAUGAGAAGACUUUUGGACAGUGACUGAUCCAGGCAGGUGAUAUAGACAGGUGCACAGCUACAUGCACCUGCAACAGCAAAGUUUGUAUGGAGCAACCAGAAGGCAUGGGACCAAUCCGAUUCCGCCUCGUUCACCUCAAGCGCGCCACUGUCCUGGCUGUCGUAGUGAUCCUCAUCGUGUCCUGGUACAUUUCAAGUCAACCCGAAAAAUCCCCCAUUGCCAAAACUUUUUUCGAUACGGGGAAAAUGGAACAAAACGUCGCAGACGUCGGAAUUCACGAAAGAGGAAAGGCGAAGAAGCGUAUGAUGGGGUUGCGAGCUGACGGCGCUAAUUUCACCAUUGAUGGUAAACCGGUUCGACUUCUGUCCGGAGCGAUGCACUACUUCCGAGUCGUGCCAGAGUACUGGAGAGACAGGAUGUUGAAAAUGAAGGCAGCCGGGCUGAACACUCUUGAGACAUAUGUGCCUUGGAAUCUUCAUGAACCAGAGAAGUAUACAUAUAACUUUGAAGGAAUACUGGAUCUUGGGAGGUACUUAGACAUAGCCCACGAGGUUGGCUUGUGGGUGAUUCUCAGACCUGGCCCCUACAUCUGUGCAGAAUGGGAGUUUGGAGGCAUACCAGGAUGGUUAGCAUAUGUGAAGGAACACGUCAGGACUACACGGCCCAUGUUUAUAGACCCAGUGGAGGUGUGGUUUGGAAGACUGCUGGCUGAGGUGGUGCCACGUCAGUACACCAAUGGAGGUCCCAUCAUAGCUGUGCAGAUAGAGAAUGAGUAUGGGGGAUUCAGCAACAGCACAGAAUAUAUGGAGAGGUUGAAAAAGAUUCUGGAGUCCAGAGGAAUAGUUGAACUUCUCUUCACAUCAGAUGGGAAAGGUGCCCUGAUCAGUGGGGGCAUACCUGGAGUGUUGAAAACUGUCAACUUCCAGAACAAUGCCUCAGACAAAUUACAGAAACUAAAAGAAAUACAGCCCGACCGUCCCAUGAUGGUAAUGGAGUAUUGGACCGGCUGGUUUGAUCACUGGGGAGAGGACCAUCACCUAUAUAGGCUGGAAAAUUUUGAAAGGACCUUGAUAGACAUCCUGGACGCGGGAGCAUCUGUCAACUUCUACAUGUUCCACGGGGGCACGAACUUCGGUUUUAUGAACGGUGCAAACACACGGUACAAGUCAGGAGGCAGGACUCUCCCUACCAUCACAAGUUAUGAUUAUGAUGCCCCAAUCUCAGAGACUGGUGACUUGACCCCAAAGUAUUUCAAAAUCAGGGAGAUUUUGAAGCAACAUACACCGCCAGGCGUGGUGCCAGAGAAGUUACCAGAACCCCCAACUACAGUGGGGAAGUUUGACUAUGGAAGAACAGCUGUGACCAAAGCAUUGCCUUUGGAUAAAGUUAUUCCACUCUUGGACAAGGUGGCCAGACUCUUUGUUAUGCCAAACCGGCCUAUUCCAUCUGGGAAGUUCAGUGGCCUAGGCUAUGGAUAUUUGCUGUACACAACAACAGUAGACAAUAAGCCAGAAAGGCUAGCAGUGAAAGGCACCAUCAGGGAUCGAGCGCUGGUGAUGGUCAAUGAUAUCUUUGUUGGUGAGAUGGACGAAGACACUAACGAAAUCACGAUUGAUCCUGACCAUUCUCUGAUUACGGGAGAUGCGCCGUUCACCCUGAAGAUUCUUGUAGAAAACCAGGGAAGAGUCAACUACGGCAAUGGCCUCAAGGACCAAAUAAAAGGGAUCAUAGGUGAUGUGUUCAUCAACUCGGAGGAAAAGAAGGUACCAGAGUUUAAAAUCUACACACUGGACAUGUCAGAGGACUUCCUUAACAAGUUAACAGCACACAGUGAGUGGACAUCAGGUAAAGAAAUGGACCAAGUAAAGACUCCUGCAUUCUACAGGGCAACAUUUACAGUGGAGGGCAGGCCUAAGGACACAUUUGUACAUAUGAAAAAGGGAAACUGGGAGAAGGGUGUGGUUAUCGUAAACCACAACAACCUUGGAAGGUACUGGAACGUUGGGCCCCAAGAAACCUUGUACCUACCUGCACCUUUCCUUAAAGAAGGAGAAAAUGAGAUAAUUGUGUUUGAGGAGAGGACAGCUGCUCCAGAGGUGCUUUUCUGUGACAAGCCCAGUUUGGGAGAAACUGUGUACUUCAGGGAGUGACAUAUGCAGCAAACCACCGAUGAACUGAUGAAACAGGAAUCACUCCUGUGGUGAUACAUGUACUUAAAUGAUGACAUAGACAUUCCAGUGGCCUGGUGACGGAUGGAAAAUUGUAA